UCAGGUAUUAAUAGUGAGCAAAGGGGAGCACACAGUUAGAGAGCUGUCCGGCCACAGCACACAUUGCCAAUCCUGCUGCCUUUUAUCACACAUCAGCCUCAGAGUGAGUCCAUAAGGCAGGUGACAUUAUUGCCAAGGAGAUGAAAGAAAACGAAGUGUCGUGCCGCUCCAGGGCCAAGCAUCAUACAUUGACUGAGGCUGAACUAGAGACGAUUGGCCUGAGGAAUGAGGCUCCUUCAACCUCUCUCUCUACCAAGAUCCAGAAGAUAAGAUGCUCAGGUCCGACUGCAAAGUCCUUGCUGUUCAAGUUCUUCCCCAUCCUGAAAUGGCUACCGCGGUACCCAGUCAAGGAUUGGCUGCUAGGGGACAUCAUCUCAGGAUUCAGUGUAGGAAUCAUGCAUCUCCCUCAGGGUUUGGCCUAUGCGCUUCUAGCAGGGCUGCCUCCCGUCAUCGGCUUGUAUUCCGCCUUCUAUCCCGUCCUGCUGUAUUUCUUCUUUGGGACCUCCAGGCACAUCUCUGUGGGCCCAUUUGCUAUCAUCUCUGUGAUGAUCGGGAGUGUGACAGAUUCACUGGAACCAAGCGGAAAGUACAUGGAGGCGGUUAACGGUACGAAUGUCACCAUUGUCAAUGAGACUCUGAGGGAUGCUGCCAGAGUGGAACUGGUGGGUGCACUCGCCUUCUUGGUGGGCAUAUUUCAGAUUGCCCUUGGUCUGCUUCAGUUUGGGUUUGUGGCCACCUACCUUUCUGAGCCCUUGGUGCGGGGCUACACCACAGCGGCCUCUAUCCAAGUGCUGAUCUCCCAGCUGAAGUACGUCUUUGGGGUGACUGUGAAGGAGUAUGCAGGGCCAUUGUCAAUAAUCUAUACCUUUUUGGAAGUUUGCUCAAAAUUGCCAAAUACCAAUGUGGGCACCUUGGUCACUUCUCUGGUCGCCAUGGUUUCGAUCCUGCUUGUGAAGCUGCUCAAUGACAAAAUUGGCAAGAAGCUUCCGAUCCCAAUCCCCAUUGAGCUUCUCACGAUUAUUAUAUCCACAGUGAUCUCCUACUUUGCCAAGCUGAAUGACAAUUUUGGGAUUAGCAUCGUGGGUGAAAUCCCCAGCGGGAUGAGACCCCCUCAGGCCCCCAAAGUACACUAUUUUGAGAAGGUGGUAGGAAAUGCCUUUGCCAUCGCAAUGGUCAGCUACGUUAUUGCUAUCUCGCUCGGCAAGAUCUUUGCUCUCAAGCAUGGCUACAAAGUGGACAGCAACCAGGAGCUGAUAGCCUUGGGGCUCAGUAACUUCGUGGGCAGUUUUUUCCAAUGUUACAGCAUCAGCUGCUCCAUGUCCCGCACCCUUGUGCAGGAGAGCACUGGAGGCAACAGCCAGGUGGCUGCCCUGGUCUCCUGUCUCAUCCUCCUAGUGACCAUUUUGAAGAUUGGGGCACUUUUUGAACAGCUGCCCAAGGCCAUUUUAGCUUCUAUCAUUAUUGUCAACCUGAAGGGCAUGUUCAAGCAGUUUAGAGAUAUCCGUAUGCUUUGGAGAUCCAACGUUACUGACCUGCUGAUCUGGGUUGUAACUUUUAUAGCUACUAUUGUGUUGAAUCUUGACAUGGGGCUGGGGGUUGCUGUGGCCUUUUCACUUCUCACCGUAAUCUUCCGGACCCAGAUGCCCCAUUAUUCCAUUUUAGGACAAGUGCCCACAACUGAUGUUUACAGAGAUGUAGCUGAAUAUCAAAAGGCUGAGGAGAUCCCAGGCAUGAAGAUUUUCCGCUCCUCUGCUACGAUCUAUUUUGCUAAUGCUGACUUGUAUGCAGAAGCCCUAAAGAAGAAGUGUGGCUUUGAUGUGGACCGUCUUGUUGAAAAGAAGAAAAAAGCCCUAAAGAAGAAGCAGAAGAAAGACAAGAAGGAAGCCAAGAAGGCAAAGAAAAUGGCUUCUCAGAUCAAAACAGUGUGUGACUCUGGGAGCAACAACCUGGCGUUUGUGAAUAUAGAUAUGGAGGCAAGGCCACAGGAGCAGGGAGAUGACACAGCAGCCACUGCUGCUAAUGGAAGUGUGACUGACUUGGCCUCACAAAACCAGAGCCAGCCACAACCUUCUGGCAAACCCACUUUGCAUUCCCUGGGACUAAAGAAGCCUCCUCUUCACUCACUCAUCCUGGACCUCACCCCUGUCAACUUUGUGGACACCGUCUGCAUAAAGACCUUUAAAAACAUAUUUAAAGAUUUCCAAGAGAUUGAAGUGGACGUGUUUCUCGUCGGUUGCCAUGCUUCUGUCAUUACCCAGCUGGAAAGAGGCAAUUUCUUCAGCCAGACCAUCACCAAGCAGCACCUUUUCCCAUCUGUACAUGAUGCUGUUACCUAUGUUACCAGGAACCGGGGAGAGAGCUUGCCACAAACUGUCACAGAUAACAACGCCACUAAAAUGUAACCAGCGGAAUCAUCUGCUCCUCCAGUUCUCACAGAGGAGCAGCACCUUUUCAGAUGACUGUAUGAAUUGCCCUUUUCAAAAUAGUUAUGUGGGAUUCUCCACCACCGGGUGGUGGGAACCUGCUUUGGCUUUUUUUUGUGAGACUUAUUGGGACCUUCAAGAAACUGAGACUCGGUUGAGGGCCUUCCUGCCCACCUACUUCAAAACUCCACAAUUCCUGCCGGGGUGGGUGGGGGAGACCUCUUUCAGACAUUGGAAGUGCCUCACUUGCUGCUGUGGCUACUUUUGGAUUUUUCCACUGAACCUGCCAAUUAAUUUGGUGAAGCACAGGGUCAUCUGCAGCAUUCUCUACCUGUGUCAAAGUGCCUAUCAAGCUGGAGAGGCAGAACACUAACAUAUUACUUCUGGGGGCCUUGAGUCCCAACUUAUUCCUUCUCUCCUGGAUUGCAAUUUUAAAACCAUGUCUGUGGCAUCUCCAGUUACAAGGAUCAAGUAAUCAGUGAUAAAAAGGACCUGUUGGAGAGCCACCAUCAUCCAGAGCAGAAAAGGUGGAUCUAGACGGACUCUCUAUAAAGCAGCUUUAUAUCUUUGAACUUGCCCCAUUUCAAUAGACCCUAACUACAGCUUGCUGAGACAACGUACAGGAGGCAAGGUCAAGAGGAAUAUUACUGUUUCUGGAAAAUUAUAUAUGUAUUGAAAUAAUAAAUGAAUGGAAGUCUGACCUGAGAAAGAUUUCAUGUGAAAGAGCCCCACUGGAAUGGGUGGAAUGCGCUGGCACCCACCUCUUAAUUUGUUUUAGAUAUGUGGAAUCUUAUAUAUCAAAUGUCCUUGCCCAUUUUGUAUGAGGUAUACAUUUAGCAGAGUGCGACUAACAACUGAUGUAAUUGCAGAAAAUAUUCCGGACAUACAUUUUUGUUCUGCCUGAGUGUUGUUACAGUUUUUCUAAGCUUUGCUAAACUCCAUUCACUUCAGAAGAAAUCAAUGAAUGCAAACCCCAAACCCCAAGGUCAAGAAAAAUGUAAAUAUGUACA